AUGCGAUGCGCGAGCAAGGCCGCCGAGAGCGCGUCUGCACGUCUCUGUGCGGACGCCGAAGCAGAAACUACAGCAACUGAUGUCCCAUCGGUUGCUGAAUCGACUCAGCCUGUAUCACCUGGUGAUGCAGGCGCUGGUCAUGAAGACACUCGUGUCUUCACAGAGUACGAGCUCGGUGUCUCGUACUCUCCUGAUACGGAUGACGGAUCCGUAUCGACGGCAAUUGAAUCCAAGCCGCCUGCCAAGCGUGGCAUGGACGAUGCUUUGCGUCGCAGCAUCUUUGGUUCAUCUGAUGAGUCAGAUGAACCAUCGCCGAAGCGAAGGCGCUCGAGGUCGCGAGACUCGGGCGCUAAUAGUGGUGUCGUUUCUCCAAUGGACACCACUUCACAGCGAGGUGCCAGUACUUCUGUCGGCACGUCGCAGGAAGAGCGGGACCGCAAUGUGUUGCGUCUCGCUCCAGAAAAGAAGGCAUGGAUGCCUCCUAAAUCUGUCAUGGAUCACUUGUCGGCGACGACGAGUGAUCGUUAUCGAACACGAUUGUUCGAUUCGUCGAGGAUUCAUCACCUUGACCCCAGCGCGAAAGACUAUCGCGCUGAACAUGAGUUCUUCAUCGAUGCUUUCUUCAGACAUCGAUGGUACAGUGGGAAUCACAAACGUGAUGGUCCCUCACUACUUCAGGCGUGGAACGCCUACAUCCAUAAUCUCGAGGAUGUAGGUCGUGACGCUUGGAACGACAAACUUAUCAAAGCUCGUGAUAAGUUUGAAAAGCGAACCCCCGACAGGUGCACGCUAUAA